UCCGUGUCUGAAGAGCAUUUAUGUGUACUUCUGUUCCUCUGGGUUUUGUUGUUGUGUUAACAGUGUAAUUUAACGGUUUUACCAUGAGUUGUUUUGACAUGCCUUCUGAUAUUCCGGAUAUUUUCAAGGCUCUUCUGGAGCAGCCGUUUCCAUUCGCAGGCUUUAAUGAGAAUGAAAAUGACAAAGAAAAGAUAUCUGGCGAUGAAGCCGACUCCGGAAGUGGAGUCAGUGAUCUGGGACCAUCAGCCGCCCUCACCCCAGCUAUCUGGGAUAAGACUAUUCCGUAUGAUGGCAAAACCUUCCAUUUGGAGUAUAUGGAUCUGGAUGAGUUCCUUAUUGAAAAUGGUAUUAAUUCUUCUUCUGAGGAGGUCCAGGGAGAGAGCCCCUCAGAAAAGAACCCACUGGAGAAAGCUCCCACCACCAUUCUAAAGGCAGAUGCAAGUCUGUCAGCUCCUGUCACUCUUGUGCCAGCCACUGAGUUGGAGCAGUGUGAUGAAGAAGUGAGCACAACCAUUGUAUCGAAGUCGGAGUCGACAGAGACCAAAACAGGCCUACCGAAGGAAUGCUUAACGCCAGAUCAAAUUGACCCAGAAGAGAUUGAGGUAUCGGUGAACUUUGAGCCAGAUCCAGCAGACCUUGUCCUUUCCACCAUACCUGGAGAAGAGCUGUUUGACCCUCGCAAGCAUCGUUUUUCUGAAGAGGAACUCAAACCACAACCAAUGAUCAAGAAAGCCAGGAAAAUAUUUGUGCCUGAAGAUCUAAAGGAUGAUAAGUAUUGGCAGAGGAGGAAGAAGAACAACGUUGCAGCUAAUCGUUCUCGGGAAGCCAGACGACUGAAGGAGAAUCAGAUCGCAGUACGGGCAGCUUUCCUCGAACGGGAGAACAGCGCUCUUAGGCUGGAGGUGGCUCAGCUACGCAAAAACUUAGGACAUUUCAAAACCGUUGUGACUAGCUAUGAAACAAAAUAUGGCAAACCGUGAGACCGGUCUCACCAGAGAGGUCACAUUGUGUUUUGUAAUACCAUUCACUUACAGCUUACUCUAACUCUGUACAGCCGCCUUCAGUGGAGUUGAGUAGGGCUUACCUAAUAAAGUGGUGUGAGGGACAAAUGUUUUGAUCUAAAGGGAUAAAAGGCCUUUUGGCUGCUUAAAUUAAAUUAUUAAUCGGUUAGUCAGGACAAAUAAUAGUGAAAGCAUUUUUAUGUAGUCAUAUUCGGAAGCCUGAAAAUUUUUUUGGUAUGUAGCCCUAUUAAAACUAAGUCACUUUAUUUAGUUUAGCUGUGCAUUUGAAGAACAUAUCUUCGAUCAGGAGAUUCUAAACUUUUGUCUGUGUUUUUAAAUUUAAUUUAUACCAAAAAUAACAGUUUUCCCCUCGUCUUAGAGCAAAAAUCAUACUGAAAUUACCAUGUCUGAAAAAAGAAUAAAACUAGAUGUUAAAAUGUAGGUGGACUCAUUACCCAAGUAAAGUAAAAUGCUAAGGGGCGAUAUGUAAGUGUGAGGGGAAUUAUUAUGCGCAUAAAUUAUAUAUAUUUGUGUGUGUAAGUAUAUUUGCGAUUUGGGGGUUUCUUCUUACUUUUAUUUUGUUUGGGUAAUUGGCUUUUAUGACAUUAUGUUUGUUGGGGUCGUUUCAUUUAUGUUCUUUCCAUCAAUCAACAAUGAGACUGUGUUAUUUACAAUUUAACUGCUGAAUUAUACCAUGUGUUCAGGAUAUACUGUAUAUCCACAAUGUAGUUACAUUUAAGUUUUUUUCUUUGUGGUCUAAACCUAGACAGAUGACUAUCACUUUGGAUGUAUAAUUUACUAUUUCCAUUACCAUUGUCAUUUUUCUCAGAUUGUGCAGUACACAAACAGCCUAUAAUUGUCUGUAAACAUAUGUUGAUUAGCUGUUUUUAAGUAGAAUUGAAAACACAAAACCAGGUAAAUAUAAAAUAAGUUUUAGUUUGAACUGUUGCUUCCAUUACAUGGAUCUCAGCCUUAUUAAAAGCCAGGUCUUAGUGACUGUACUAAAUACAACAGAUACCCCUGUGUGACAAAUGUGCCUGGGGUAUCACUGAGCAUGCAGAACCAUUUAUGAAUCCCCACUGCUGGGCUCAAGAAAUAGGUUAUCAGAUGCAGUUGUGUAAAUAAAAGUGUAAAUGUUUUGUAUGUAUUAUGCACUUCCUAUGUACAAACGUGUGCUUUGUUCUCAAGUUGCUCAACCCAAGUGGUCUUUAAAAAGUGAAGUGGGGCCUUUCAGGGCAGGGACACCCCUAAACCUUAAAACAUAGAUUGUUCGCCUAAGUUUAAUGAAAAAGUAUCCGCAUUUAACAGAGAAAACUGAAAGGAGUAUGUGUACAUGUGGGCUGAUAGUAUGUUGUAUGGCUGGAUAGUGAAAAUAGCUAAAUGAAGUAUGAUCAACAAAACAAUCAGUACAUAAAAAUAAGCGUAAUAAGUAAAUUGAUUUACAUGAGUUCUUGUCAGUGGAGUUUUGAGGUUUUAUUUGACCUGUGCAACUAGCUGGUUAGGAACAUCUAAGGGAACUCAUUCAGCUAAAUUAACCACAGGUAUACUAGGGGUUUGAAUUCCCUUUGCUGUAGUCUAUAGAUCUGCAUUAGUAUAGCAAUAACACACUGUUCAGUAGUGACAUUAGAGGCUCAUUUAGCUAAAGUAUCUUCCAACAAUGUCUGUACUAACUCCAAACCAGCUGUGCAUAACUGUAACUGUGUAGCUGUGCUUUUGCUUAACUUUAGAAUGCAUAUGGAUAGCUCAUAGUUCAGAUCUGAAAAGAGUUAGGAUCCUAAAGUGUCUUCACAGUUUUUGUCUUUAUAAUUAAUUCUAAAAACUUUCAUGUCAGAACUGUACUUCUACUUUCUAUAAAGGACUGUACCCAUGUAUGUAACAUUUUUAAAGUACUGUACAUCAGA